GCCGGGUUUAUUUUGACAUUUCUGAUUGUUUGUCAAGAAAAAUCAUCAAGUGAAUGAGAAAAAUGGCAGACGUUCUAACAGAAACUGUUCAGCCAGAAGAUUUGAAGAAAUUCGAAAAAAUAUAUCACGAGCAGUUGUAUAAAAACGAUGUAACGCCAAAAGCUCAGUUUGAAUACGCUUGGUGUUUAGUGCGAAGCAAAUACCCAGCCGAUAUCCAAAAGGGUAUAGUUUUAUUAGAAGAACUAUACAAAACACAUGAAGACGGCCAAAGAGAUUAUUUAUAUUAUCUUGCUAUAGGUACUGCAAGAUUGAAGGAAUAUUCCAAAGCAUUGAAUUAUGUACGAUCAUUCCUUGCUAUAGAACCAGGAAACCAGCAAGUUGUAUCAUUACAGACUACCAUUAAAAAGAAAAUGGAAAAGGAAGGGCUUGUCGGCAUGGCUAUGGCGGGAGGUGUUGUUUUAGCAGUUGGUGCCAUCGUUGGCGUUGGUAUGGCAAUUGCUAACAAAGUAAAAUCAUAGUUCUUCCUUUGUAGUCUAAAGUUUUUUUGAAUAUAUUUAAGUCAGUGUUUUUAAGCACCAAAUUAAAAUUAAAAAAUUUCUGUAUUUUCAUUUUUUUAUAAUA